AUGUUGGAGUUACUGAGGAAUGUGGCAUUCAUUCGAGUGACUUCUCUGUUUUCUACUGUUAAAACUUUCUAUCGUUCAGAUCGUUGCAGUGCUCAUUAUGCAGCCAUUUCUCGAAUAAAACGUGCCAAAUAUAUUCGACAAUAUCACGUGACUCUGCUCCAACCAGAUGGGUCGACGGUUCCAAUACGAGCUGCGGAACCCUUAAAUUUGAUUCAAAUGCCUUUUAAUUUGGAUAGUUUAACAGAUGAAGAACGUCGGCACUUAGAAAUGAAACGACAUAAAACUAGGAAACUUACGAAGAAACAGGAAACCGUGAAAUUUAAUGCUGACGAGUACAUUGAUUUAUGGCGGAAGAGCUCAAAAAAGUUAAAUUAG